AUUGAAAGCUAGUUCCACUUGAGAUUUCUUUUCCAAAAAUCUCCAAAAAUUUAAUUUCAUCUCUCUCUUUUCUCAAAGGAAAAGUAUUGUGUCACCAACUCCAUAGCUUUCAGUUUCAACUAUUACAAUACAUACCUUAAGUGCUUAAAAAUCCACUUCUUCUAGUGGUUUUAAUCCAAGCCAUAAUCAAAAUUUUCAUAUUCUAUUAUUCUGUUCUGUUUUUUACACUAUAGACACCAAUCUUGUGCAUAAUUCAGCCUUUGAAUUUGAUAAGCAACUGCUUAUUAUUCUCAUAGUUCUAGAGCAAUAUGGAAUCUGAAAAUGGAGUUGCUGUGGAGGAAGAGAAACAUGUGAUUGGGGUGAGUACUAAUGAGAACAUGGAUAAAGAAGUUGAAAACAAUUGCAACAAUGAAGAGAAUCAUGGAAAGAAUGAAGGAUCUAAACCCAAAGUAGAAGGUGAAGCCUCAAAUUCUGCUAGUGAAGUUGGAGUUGAAGUUGAAGUUGAAGCCAAAACAAAAUCUUCAGCAGCAAGUAAAAGCUCAAAACAUGCUAAGGAACCUGGUGGAAAAGGUGGUGUUGCUGUGAAGAACAACAAACUUGUCAUCAAAGACAAACCAGAUUUGAAGGCUUCAACUUCAUCUUCUAAAAAGCAAAGGCAAAAUCUUUCUAAGAGCCUUUCAUUCCCAUCAAAAUCAGCAACUAGUAGAGAUGGUAUAAAGAAAAGCAUUGAUGGAGUUCAGGUGAAAACAGAAGCUAAGCAGCAUGUUCAAGGCAAUAGUGUUAAACCCGAGUCUUCGAUUCGCCAUGGAAGCAAGUUGACAAACUCUCAAAUUAGCUCAAAGGAAGUAAAAACAAACCAAAAGAAUUUGACAUCAACUUCUAGCUUUAAACGCCCUAUGCUUGGAAGGUCAACUCCGGCCGCUCUGGCGAAUGAUGUUGCCAAGAGUCAACCAUCUCAGCCAUCUCAACCAUCCAUAUCUGUUGUUGAUCAAAAUUCAGACUCAAAAAAAUCUGAAAAAACAAACAAGGAAGAUGAGGAUGGUCAAUCCACAACUUCAAGCACCACUCCUCGCCGGAGGAGCAGUGGUUCUGGAUUCUCCUUCAGAUUGGAAGAGAGAGCUGAAAAAAGGAAGGAGUUCUUCUCAAAGUUGGAAGAGAAAAUUCAGGAAAAGGAAGCUGAAAAGACUAAUCUCCAAGAGAAAUCAAAGGAAAACCAGGAGGCAGAGAUCAAGCAAUUGAGGAAAGCCAUGACAUUCAAGGCCACUCCAAUGCCAAGUUUCUAUAAGGAACCUCCUCCAAAGGUUGAACUCAAGAAGAUACCUACAACUCGCCCAAUAUCCCCAAAGCUUGGAAGGAAUAAAGGGUCUGUCGUGAGCAACAAUUCAGAAGAUAAAUCUUGUUCUCAGAAUGAUUCAGUCACCAAAUCAAAGGUAAAAGCUCACAAAGAUGUUACUUCAAAGAAACCAAUGAACAAAACUCAAACCAAGCCACAAGCUAAGGAAAUUUCAAAGAAAACUGAAAAUGAAUCUAGAAAGUCUAUAAUCAAGGUCUCGGGUAUAGGAAGCAAUGAAGAAUGCCAAGAAGCACAAGUUAACAAUUCUGAAUACCAAAGAGGUGGCAUGGACCUUGGAUCUGACAAUGCUCAUGGUCAGAACAAUAAUGCACUGGUUGUAUCAUAUGAGGUUACUGUUGGAGGGUAGAAUUUAAAUCCAGACCGAAUAUAUUGAUUAUAUAAACUUAGGAUUCCUUGUUGAAGUUGUUUUUAUUGUUCCCAUGUUCAUUUCAUUAUACUAUAUCAUGUAUAAUGAGGUUGUUUCUUUGUUCAUCAAAAGCAUGUAUUAAAUUAUAUUUGCUUCUUGUAUUGAACUCAUACCUUUAUAACCUAUAGUAAAAAAGCCAUGUUUAUUCAUUGUUUAGCAA